UCCUUUCUUUUCUUUUACUUUGUUCUCUCUUUAAUCAUCAUGACAUGUUUAGGUUAUGAUCAAGAAACUGAAUAUUUGAAACCCAUUAGGGUUGAGAUCAAGAACUUGAAUCUUUAAAUUAAAACCGAUUACUAUCCAAUUCUUGCUUUCGUCUUGCUUUCUUUAAACCAUUGACUAGGGUUUUGAGAUAAAAGAACCGAGAAAUGGAUUCUGUAACUUUCUUUAGGGAAGGAGACAUUGUUGAGGUCAUUGAACAAGGGUUUUUUGGAACUUUAUACAAGUCAAGAAUUGAAAACAAAGUAGGAGAUGACAUGUGGGAAGUGAUGUGCCUAUGUCGUGAAGAUGCAAAUGGAAGGCAGCUUAUACUCAAUCUCCCCACUUCAGUAAUAAGGCCUUUUAGUCCUGAAAUUAUUGAUUAUGAAUCUUUAAGUGUGAAUCAUAUCGUAGAUGCACAUAACAUGGAGAAUGGGGCUCAUCAUUGUGGAGUAAUUACAACAGUACAAACCAAUUCUCAUGGCGCUCAAUCAUUCGUUGUCAGGUUAUCAAAUAAUACACUUAUAGAAUCUAGUUAUGUGAGGCGGCAUUGUGAUUAUUUCCAUCAACCAUGCUUUGUGUUCUACAGGCAAAAUAUUGGAACCAUGGUUGAGAUACAGAAUAGGAGGUACGAAGAAGCUACUGAUGUGGUUGAGAUUGAGGAGGACGGUACCUAUAGUGCUGCUAGAAUAGUGAGACGGAAUCCUCGAAACUAUAGGAUAGAAUACUCGACCCGUUACUUUGAUCCGGUAUCCAAAACUAGAUUUAGGGUGGUUCCCAAGAGUAUGGUGAGGCCUAGUCCACCGGUUUUGAGAGACCGACUCUUCAUCAUAAACGACGAUGUUGAUGCAUAUAUGGAGGAUCGUUGGUAUAGAGCAACACUUAGGGGAUUCACUAGGGGCACUAAUGGUAAUACAUUGUUUACUGUGGAUCUAUGUGACCGUCAAUUUCGAGGACAUUCUGAUCAAAUCCGAUUUCAUAGCGAUUGGUUGGCCGCCCCUUCUCCAUUUUUUCCGGGGUUAAGUCGCAAUGGCCGUUUGCCCGCUCUUACAAUUUACAAUAAGCCUCACAAUUGAUCUACUGCAACUUCCGCUCAUGUAAUGAUAGUAGUUUCUAGAUUUAAUUAGUCUCUUAUGUUUGUGGUUUUGUUGCUAUCAAUAUGAAUUUUUUUGGAUGUUCUUUAAUUGUCAAUUUUGGCAUUUCAAGACAAUGAAAGUAAUUCAAUAGAUCAUUUUAUCACUCUUGGAGCUUCAAGGAUCAAACAGGACUUAAUAUGAGGGGGCCAAUCCAUUAUUGUUUUUAGCUUUAGGGACUGCACACAAGGAUCAUUAUUUAAUCUUUUAUAUCUUGGAUCAAAUUGCCAA